GGACAUAGUUGUAUUUCUUCAUUACUCUGGUUCUUUGUCGCAGCCAACAUUACUUGUGCCGAGCUCGGAAGGGUUGCUGAUUCAGCUUGGCUGAGUUGGCGUUUGUGGAUCCUUAUUUAACACAUUACAGCCAGGAAUUGCCGACUAGAUCAACAUGGCUGCAAACUAUUGGGAAUCAACUCAGCGACGCCAUUGGCAGUUCUCCAAGGAUGAACUCGCAGAAAUGCGGGAGAAGCUGGAGGAGAGCGAGCAGAGCUUAGUACAAAUGUUCCCCUUGCCACAGCGAAGGCACCUCAAUAUAUAUUUCAAUCAACAACUGGGUAGGCUUGGCAAGAGACUCGGUGUCAGACAGCAAGCUCUUGCAACUGCUCAGACCUAUCUCAAGCGCUUCUAUUGCACAGUCGAAAUCCGCCGAACGAACCCUUACCUUGUCAUCGCGACCGCACUAUACUUGGCUUGCAAGAUGGAAGAGUGCCCCCAGCAUAUCAGGCUGGUUGUGUCAGAAGCGCGGUCUCUGUGGCCUGUAGAUUCCCUGACUCUUGAUAUAUCACGACUCGGAGAAUGCGAAUUCUUCAUGAUAUCCGAGAUGCAUUCGCAGUUGAUUGUCCACCAACCGUACCGGACCCUUACAAACCUUCAGUCAGAUCUGUUCUUGUCUCAGGAUGAAUCCAACCUUGCUUUAUCUAUUAUCAACGACCACUACAUGACCGACCUUCCCCUCCUCUACCCACCUCAUAUAAUAGCCCUCACGGCGAUUCUACUAGCCCUUGUUUUACGUCCCAAUAGUCCUGGUGGAACGGCAACAAGUAUGGCUGCUGCAACUGCUGCACUAGCACAAGUACAGGCGCAAGCAUCGUCUAGAGCUAGUGGUAGCAAUGCGAACCAAAAUGCGUCCGGUGUUUCGGAGAAAGAGAGGCAACAAGAAGCCCGAUUAAAUAAAGUUCAACGCUACGCAGGUUUCCUUACUGAGAGCAACGUCGACAUUGAAGGGAUGGCCGACUGCACCCAAGAGCUAAUAUCAUUUUAUGAAUGUCAUGAGCAGUACAAUGACAAAAUUACUCGGGAGCAGAUCAAUCGCUUCGUAAAGGCAAGGGGACUUGAUAAGCCUUAGGCACCUCGAGAUACGGAGGUAUGCUCGAUACAGGUAGACGAGAUGCUCCGAAAAAGGAAUUGCUGGCCAUUGGCUAUUCUAUCCUCUCUGCCAGGUCU